AUGAAACUCGUCAAUGAGACCAAAAUCAAUGAAUUCAUCCUCCUUGGCCUCUCGGAGAAUCCACAGAUACAAGUCAUUUUAUUCCAGAUAUUUUUGUUAUUCUACAUGUUGGCAGUUUUUGGGAAUUUCUUGCUCAUUGUUGCCGUGAGGAUAGACAAUCGUCUGCACCACUCUAUGUACUUUUUCCUCUCCAACCUCUCCAUCCUGGACAUCUGUUACACCUCAAUCAUUAUACCCAAGAUGUUGGUGAAUAUUGCCGUAUCUUCCAGGACCAUAUCCUUCUCCGGUUGUCUUCUUCAGGUUUAUUUCUACCUUUUCAUGGGGGAGACAGAAUGUAUCCUGUUGGCUUUCAUGGCUUACGACCGAUACGUGGCCAUCUGUAAGCCCUUACAUUAUAAUGUCAUCAUGAACUCGGCGUCUUGUGUCGGGAUGAUCGGCGUCUCCUGGGUCACCGGUUGUAUCAUCUCCUCUGUUGACAUAUACUUCACGUACCAGCUGAGGUUCUGUGGAGCCACCACCAUCGACCACUUCUUCUGUGAAGCCCCGUCAUUGAUACAACUGGCCUGCAGUGAUAUCUCGGCCAAUAACAUUCUGACAGUAGUCGGGAGCUCUAUUUUACUCAUUAUUCCCGUAUGUCUCAUUCUUUUUUCUUACUUUCAGAUAUUUUUAAUUAUUGUUAAAAUCGGCUCCGGUAGAUACAAGGCCUUCUCUACGUGUAUGUCACAUCUCAUUGUGGUCAUCAUCUUCUAUGGGACAGCUACAUUCAUGUAUAUGAAGCCAAGGUCCUCAUCUACGGAGGUCACCGACAAGAUGGUGUCUGUAUUUUACACAGUCAUUACCCCCAUGUUAAACCCUAUGAUCUACAGCCUGAGAAAUAAGGAUGUACGGCGGGCCCUAAGACGGGUGAAGAGAUGCAUCACUUCUACAUCGUAA